UCUUUCCAGAGCAGCUCGGCGCGCAGCCACCUGUGUGAGGGGAAGGUGUGGCAACGUUAUAGCGCCUGGCCGUGCUCAGGAAGAAACAUCGAUUUAUAGGCCCCUUAUCGCGCGUAAACCGCUGCGUUGCAACGCCUGGUGAGGGGAGGACAGAAGGGAGCUUUUUUUUUUUUUUCUUCAUCUUUAUCUAGAGUCGAGGAAGUGAUUUGCCCACUUGUGCACUGAAAAAAAGUCCACAGGCGGGGUCUUUUUCUUCGGGUUGCCGCUGCGUGAUGGAGUUUUCGGAGCACAUCAGGACCGCCAACGUGGAGGACGUGGUGCUCCGUCAGCCGCUGCACCCUCCGGCCAGAGGCACCCUGUGCGUCACCGGCCACCACCUGCUCUUCUCGGACAGGGAGGAGGGCGGCUGCCGGCAGGUGUUGCUGCUCCUCAGGAACAUCGAUGCCGUUGAGAAAAGUGUGGAAAACCUUUUGGCCCACUCCGGGCCCUUCUCUAAUCAAGGCCGCAGUCAAAGGAUAUCUGGAUCUUCGGGGACCAUUACUAUAAAGUGUAAAGAUCUGCGCGUGCUCCAGCUAGACAUCCCGGGCAUGGAGCAGUGUCUCAACAUCGCUCACUCCAUCGAGACCCUGUCCUGUCUGGACAGUGUGGAGAAGAUGUACCCUUUCUUCUACAGACCUUCUGACAUCAGCCUGCAGGACCAGUGGGGCCUCUCAUCCACUGAAAAACGUUACAGUCAAAUGAAGGAACUUCAUGAUAGGUGGAGACUGAGCACUGUGAACAGAGACUACUCCGUGUGUCCCUCCUACCCUUCGGCUGUCAUCGUCCCCAAGAACACCGACGAUAACAUGCUGGCGAAGGCGGCCAAAUUCAGACAGGGGGGGCGCUUCCCCGUCCUCUGCUACUACCACAGGAAGAACGGCAUGGUCAUCAUGCGCAGCAGUCAGCCGCUGACCGGAGCCAAUAGGAAGCGCUGCGGGGAGGACGAGCACCUCCUCCGGGCGGUGAUCGAAGGCUCGGACAGAGGCUUCAUCAUCGACACGCGCUCCAGUCAGCAGGCCCUGCAGGCCCGGAUAACGGGCGGAGGGUUUGAGUCCAAAUCGGGUUACGGCAGCUGGAAGAGACUGCACAGGCAGAUGGAGAGGGGCAAAGCACUGCAGGAGAGUCUCGUCAAACUGGUGGAGGCCUGCGGGGACGAGUCCCACAACAUGGACCGAUGGCUCAGUAAGCUGGAGAAUUCAAAGUGGCUGUCUCACGUCCAAGUCGCCCUGUCCACCGCUGGCCUGCUGGCGGAGUGUGUGGAGAGGGACGGUCAUUCGGUACUGGUUCACGGCUCUGAGGGGACAGACUCCUGUUUGAUCAUCAGCACUGUGGCUCAGCUCAUCAUGGACCCAUGUUGCCGCACGCUGGAGGGCUUCCUGGCUCUUCUGGAGAAGGAGUGGGUAGAGGCGGGACACCCGUUCCGGCGGCGAUGUGCCCACUCGGCGUACUCCCACGCCCGCCUCCAGCAGGAGUCCCCGGCCUUCCUGCUGCUGCUGGACUGCGUGUGGCAGCUGUGGCGCCAGUUCCCUCUGGCCCUGGGCUUCUCCGAGGCGCUGCUGCUGAGGCUGGCGACCGAGGCCUACGCGUCCGACUACGGCACCUUCCUGUGCAACAGCGACCGGGAGAGGUGUGCUGUGCGAGUGAAGGAGAACACCCACUGCUUGUUCCGGGCCCUGCUGAGGCCCGGGGAGAGGGACCCCUACUCCAACCCCCUGUAUGAGCCCACCGGGCUAGCCAUCUGGCCCUCAGUGCACCCUCAGUCCCUACAGCUGUGGAGAGGUUUUUUUCUGAGGUGGACCCCGCAGGCUCGGCACCUUGAAGAGGCUCAGGAGGAGAUAAGGAACAUGGUCACUGAGUGGGGGAAGCUGGCGCUCAGCUGAUGCCAGUUAUCGGCGAAGGGGACGUUGUACAACCUGAACACGUGGAUCGUGUUCAAGGGAGGGACAAUAGCAAUGUGAAGUGCCUUUUGACAUGGAAAUGUAAUUUCAGAAUGUUUGACAACCUGCUGUUUUUUAAUGUACGUUCGUUUUUUAAUUCUUUCAUAAAUCAUUUUAAGAAGAAAAAAAAAUCACAAUUUCUGAGUUCAUCUGGGGACUUUUAGCCCCCACACCCCAUUUUAAAAUAUUAUUAAAAUAAAUAUAAUGAUCAUAUACCGUAGGUUAUAGUUUUAGUUUACGAUACAAUUGUAAAUAAAAAUCCUUUUCUGAUAUUCAUUCAUAGAGAAUAUCAUAAGAAGGAGGCUAUAUAACCUACA